CUUCCGGGUGCCGGAAGUGCGGGUCGUCGGGCUGCGGGUGGCGGGGCCGCGUCAGGUGUAAGCGCGGUGUCCUGCCCGUCCGCCGUGGUCCCGGGCGCCGCGUGGCUGGGAGCCGACGGGCGGCGGUGCACGGCGCCAGCUUAUUGCAGGAGUGACCAGGACAUCACCUUCUAGAAGUAAUGCCCACAGAAAGCGCAAGUUCUUCUACUGCUCGCCCAGCAAAACAGAAACGCAAAUCUCAUAGUCUUUCCAUCCGAAGAACAAACAGCUCGGAGCAGGAGAGGGCAGGUCUGCCAAGAGAAAUGUUAGAAGGACAAGAUUCCAAACUGCCCUCCUCGGUUCGCAGCACACUUCUAGAACUGUUUGGUCAAAUAGAAAGAGAGUUUGAAAACCUUUAUAUUGAAAACUUAGAAUUGCGUAGAGAAGUUGAUACUCUUAAUGAACGUUUAGCUGCUGAAGGACAAGCUAUCGAUGGAGCAGAACUCAGUAAGGGCCAACUCAAGACAAAAGCCAGUCACAGCACUAGCCAACUUUCUCAGAAGCUAAAGACCACGUAUAAGGCCUCCACCAGCAAGAUCGUCUCCAGCUUUAAAACUACCACGUCGAGAGCUGUGUGCCAGCUUGUGAAGGAGUACAUUGGCCACAGAGAUGGUAUCUGGGAUGUCGGUGUGGCCAGGACGCAGCCUGUGGUGCUGGGCACCGCAUCUGCAGAUCACACGGCUCUGCUCUGGAGCAUUGAAACUGGGCGGUCCCUUGUCAAGUACACUGGCCACGUGGGCUCAGUGAAUUCUAUAAAAUUUCAUCCAUCAGAGCAGUUGGCUCUCACUGCUUCUGGAGAUCAGACCGCGCACAUUUGGCGAUAUGCGGUCCAGCUGCCGACACCCCAGCCGGUUGCCGACACUAGUCAGCAGAUGUGUGGCGAGGAUGAGGUCGAGUGCUCAGAUAAAGAUGAGCCUGAUGUAGAUGGAGACGUAUCCAGUGACUGCCCCACCAUUCGGUCACCGCUGACAUCUCUGAAGAGCCACCAGGGAGUGGUCAUAGCUGCUGACUGGCUGGUUGGGGGAAAGCAGGUGGUGACAGCCUCGUGGGAUCGAAGCGCAAAUCUGUACGACGUGGAGACGUCAGAACUGGUUCACUCGCUGACAGGCCAUGACCAGGAGCUCACGCACUGCUGCACACACCCCACUCAGCGGCUCGUGGUGACCUCUUCCCGCGACACGACUUUUCGUCUCUGGGAUUUCAGGGACCCUUCCAUCCACUCCGUGAAUGUCUUCCAGGGCCACACGGACACAGUGACCUCUGCUGUGUUCACAGUAGGGGACAACGUGGUUUCCGGCAGCGAUGACCGCACUGUGAAGGUCUGGGACUUAAAGAACAUGAGAUCCCCUAUUGCGACUAUUCGGACGGACUCUGCCAUCAACAGGAUCAACAUUUGUGUGGGCCAGAAAAUCAUUGCCCUCCCACAUGACAACCGGCAAGUGAGAUUGUUCGACAUGUCGGGCGUGCGGCUCGCACGGCUCCCCCGCAGCAGUCGGCAGGGCCACAGAAGAAUGGUGUGCUGCUCGGCGUGGAGUGAGGACCACCCUGUGUGCAAUCUUUUCACCUGUGGCUUCGACAGGCAGGCCAUUGGCUGGAGCAUCAACAUCCCUGCGCUGCUACAGGAGAAGUGAGGCCCUGUGCCCGAAGCUGCGCUUGCCAUGGACCCGGGACAGUGUGGACCUCCUCAUCGUGGCCAGUCACAUUUAUGAGGGUCUGACAAGGGUUGGUUGUGUCUAUUGUCACAUUGUCCCCAGCUUGCAUGAAGUGUCCCGGAAAGCACGUGGUCCUCUUCAUUUUCGUCGUUUGUGUGUGUGUGCCGGCACUCUGGUUGGCUCUAAGUCCCUGGCAUGUGACCGGUGACAGGAGGGCAUUACAUUUGUGAGUUCACUGUGAACCUGUGUCCUGCGUCUGUGGAGUUUCUGGAAUGACCACCCACUCUUGGUGUCCCGGGAAGGCAGCAGAGCCGGUUGGCGCCAGGCAGCAGGAGUAAGUGGGUUCUGCACUUGCAUGGUGCAGCCCAGCUCUGACCCUGCUGCUCAGAAGGGUGAAUUUGCAACAAAAUUUCCUUCCAAAAGAAAGUUUCUUUUUUAUUUUUUUUAAAAUAGAAAAUCAUUUCAAUUUCCUGAGGCCUCAUGUGAACAAAUUCUAAAAUACGAUUCUAAUCACUGAUUUAAGAUAUUAAACAAAUUUGAAAGCACUUUAGUUUAUAGCUGUGGUUAUAAACAGUUUUCAGAUGUUUCAGAUGACUUCCCCCAUUUAAUGUGAUGACCUUUUUAAGAAGGCUCUGCUACCUGAAACAAGAUCUUGUAUUUAUUUUUUACACUAUUGGUUGGUCUAGUUUUGAAUGGGUUCACCUCUUUGGUGGUAGUUGAGAGCCAACAAUGCAAAUAAAUGAGUACUACCUCAAAAUGAAAUAUAUUUGGGAAACAUGGGCAUCUCACUGUUACCAAGUAGAAAGUGCUAAUGGGUGGUGGAACCUGAACCCCACCCAGAGGGCCAGGAAGACAGUGGCUGCUCACAUUCUGGAAGAGGCUGAUCUUGGUCAGGCUGACAGGCCAGUCAGAGUGCAAUUUGUAGGGAACAAACGUGUUUGUUCCGGUAGCUAGGACAUGUUCAGUGCCAACCUGCCACUGCCAGCGUCUGCCUGUCUCCUGCCUUCUUGGGAUCACUGUCAUCUGAUAUUUAGAAGUCUGUGUUUUUUGUUAAUAAUGAGACAUCUCAGUUUACUGCCCUUUUUUUUUUCUUUUAUUCCCGUUGACUCUGUCCACUUGAAGGCCGCUGGGGAGGGCCAGGUCAGCACCUGUAGGAGUGAUCUUUGGUGAGGCAUUGGAGGGGGCAGACCGAUUACCCCAAGGUGGACCUACCUCCAGGUGGCCAUUGGGUGGGAUCUGAUCUUGAGAGCUCCAGCUCUGCACUCUUAGUUGGUUCUCUAAUGAUUGACACAGCCCCAGGGAUGGAGGAGCCAGAAAGUUUGAAUUAUGAUAUAAUCCGAGUUGAGCUUGCUGCCAGUGGCAUAUAGCAAAUAUUCCUCAAUCUCAGGCUGAAGCUCAACCAUCUGUUGUUUUUCUGCACAGAAGAGGGUCAGGGUGACCCCUGAGUACACUUCGGGAAUGUGGAGUGGGUCCCAGUGCUCAUUCCUUAGGGCGCCCACAGAGAAGCUGCAUGACCCCCCAUCUCUGCACUGUGUUUCCACUGGGAUGUCUGGGUAUUCCAGAAUCACUGGAUGCUGGAAAAUACCUGCAAUAGAUCAGUCAAAUGCAAGAGCCAGAGCUCCACCAAAUGAAAAAUUGGGAAGCUCUCAAGUGUUACCUGGUGCUAGUUGGGCAGUUCUGUGCAGACGCAGCUCUCGGUGGACAUCAGGAGAGGCUGUGAGACACACCUCCUCCUCCUGGUAUGCGUAUAGCACGACCUACUGCUACCUAGCUGCACAGCCCCUAGAUGAGCCUCCAGGAUCUGGAAGGUGGAGACUAAGCCUUCGAGGGCUGUUGGCGUGGCUGCCGCUGAGGAGUGUGGUCACAUCAGAGCUAGUGUUGGGAGUGGGUACAGCCUUCAAGUGCUGAACAUGUCCAGAUUUCAUGUAACCCUGGAAGGAAAGUGAGUGUUCACUGAAAACGUGUGCUGCCGAGACGCUGUUGGACAAAGCAAUCCUCUUUCUCAGCCACUGCACAUCAUUUUUGUAGAGUCACAAAUUCUGUAUAUAGUUGGGCAUUUGAAGAAUCCUGUGUAAGUCAUUGUUGCUUAAAUCUGUGAAAAACAAGUUUCUUUUUCGGGGAGAAGUAUGCAUUUAUAAGUGUUAUGUGGAAGCGAAUGUUUUUAUUGUAUUGUAGUUUCUAAGUGUUCAGUGUCUUCAUUGCAAUAUGAAAUACAUUAAAAAUUCAUGUUCUGUAGUGACUGUUGUGAAA